UCGAAUCGUAACUUGGAAUCGAUUCGGUGUGGGCGAGGUUGGGGUUGAGUGUUGUAGUAGUGGAAUCGAUCCGACGGCGGAUCUACGGGUGGUGAAUCGUGGAGGAGCGGUGGCGCGAGUUGAGUGGACGUGCCACAAUGUGUGGGGUGGUGGCUGUGCUCCUUUGCUCGCUGUGCUUGGGUCUGGCAUCCAGCUCCAAGCCCAACAUCAUCAUCAUGCUGAUGGACGACAUGGGCUGGGGAGACCUGGGAGUGUUUGGGAACCCAACCAUGGAGACCCCAAACCUCGACCGCAUGGCGGCCGAGGGGAUGCUGCUGCCGGAUUUCUACACUGCCAACCCGCUCUGCUCGCCCUCGCGAAGUUCACUCCUCUCCGGCCGCCUGCCCAUCCGAAAUGGCUUCUACACGACCAACGCACACGCUCGCAAUGCGUACACUCCCCAGCAGAUUGUUGGUGGUAUCCCUGACUCUGAGCUGCUGUUGCCAGAGCUGCUACAGAGUGCUGGCUACAUCAACAAGAUUGUGGGGAAAUGGCACCUGGGACACCAGCCGCAGUUCCUGCCCCUCCGGCAUGGCUUCCACGAGUGGUUUGGCUCUCCCAACUGCCACUUUGGGCCCUACGACAACGUGGACACUCCCAACAUCCCCGUGUACAACAACAGCGCCAUGCUGGGCAGAUAUUACGAAGAAUUCGAAAUCAAUCGCAAGACGGGAGAGUCCAACCUCACGCGCCAGUAUCUGCAGGAGGCCCUGGAUUUCAUCGGACGCCAAAGCGACGCCGGCCGCCCGUUUUUCCUCUACUGGGCGGUGGACGCCACCCACGCUCCCGUCUACGCCUCUCGGCCCUUUCUGGGAACGAGUCGCCGAGGCUUGUACGGGGACGCGGUGCGCGAGAUCGACGCGGCCGUGGGGCGGAUCCUGUCCGAGCUGCGCUUGCGUCGCCUCGACACCAACACGUUCGUGUUUUUCACCUCGGACAAUGGAGCGGCGCUCAUGUCAGGACCCAAGGAAGCUGGAAGCAAUGGGCCCUUCUUGUGUGGCAAGGAGACCACGUUCGAAGGCGGCAUGAGGGAGCCAGCCAUAGCCUGGUGGCCUGGGCGCAUCCACCCAGCUACGGUGAGCCGGCAGCUGGGCACGGUGAUGGACCUGUUUGUGACCGGGCUGGCGCUCGCUGGGCUGAGGCCACCCUCUGACCGGCAGUUCGAUGGCCUGGACCUGAGCCCUGCGCUGUUCAACAACCAGACCAUACCCAGACCCGUGUUCUACUACAGGGGCAACGAGUUGAUGGCCGUGCGCUGCGGCGCCUACAAGGCACACCUGUGGACGUGGAGCAACUCCUGGGAGGAAUUUAAACAGGGAGUAAACUUUUGUCCAGGACAACAUGUUGAAGAUGUGACGACGCAUAACCAAACGGAGCACACGAGCCUGCCCCUUAUCUUCCACCUUGGGCGUGAUCCUGGAGAAAAGUAUCCAAUCAGCCCCACAGAGGCAGAGUAUCAGCAGGCGCUCGCCACCGUCUCCGAGGCAGUGGAGGAGCACAGGACGAACCUCGUAGCCGGGCAGCCCCAGCUGAACGUGUGUGACGUUGCGGUCAUGAAUUGGGCACCUCCCGGAUGCGAGCUGCUGAAGAAGUGUCUGAAAGCCCCGCAGAGCAGCCCACAGAAGUGCGAGUGGCCUCACUAGGACAUCUCCGACGCUGGCACCUCAAGGCCUUGGUGCAAUAGAAGGCUGUUCGUGUGGUCUUCGCAGGGUUAAUAUAUACAGAAUUGGCAUUUCAACCAGUGGUCUUUACUCGUACAGGGUGAAUAGCCUAUUGGGAUAAUUAGUCUCUUACGCAAGGGUGACCUGGGAUAAAUCAGGCUGUAAUUAAAGUGUGUGUUUGGAGAUAGCCGGGUGGUUUCCAUGGUUGGAGCACAAAUCUGGCGCUGCAGAGUUCCUGGGUUAGAUUCCAAGCAUCUAUCCUCAUUUCAUAAACAGCUGUCCUGAUUCGUUCCACCUCACUUUGCACAAUCCUGUAUAUUCAGUCUUGGGUUUUACAUUUCUUUCUUUAAUGUUCUUCGGUUUUCCUGGUGUUAACAUUGUUCUUGCAUUCGAGAUCCCAAAUUUGAAUAUCUCGACAAAAUCCUCCUUGAAAGGCUUUCCCUGGGCAACCUCCCCUCCCUACAAAAACACUGAAGGGUUUCUGUGAACGUCGUGCGCGCUCUCUCCAAUAUUCUGAGCCAUCAGGAAGCGUAAUCGUAAUCAUUUCCCAUUGCCUUCCCCCCAACCAGCGUUUUUCAGGUGACACCAUUACUGCAUUCAGUUGUCCAUCGCACCCAGGAUGUCUUCUCCCAGGUCAGCCCCUUUUACGCUGGCAGCACCAAGAACACCUCCUGGCCUGGGGGUGCCUGAGUCUCUUUAUUUGGUGGCUUCAGGGUUCGCGACAGGCGGUCACGACCUCCGUAAGCAAUUCGGGGGGCCCCUCACAAGCAGCCUCCUACUUGGACCGUUGCCUGCCUCCCACGACCAGACCCAGUACUGUAAAUUAACUCUCUCUGCCCAAUGUUUAUAGACUACAUUCCUACGCGUCCUUUGCUGCGGGUCACCAAAAUCAUUGAACUAUCUUUGGCCUAUGCCUGUGCAGCUGCGCCCUAGUGGCGUUAUUUUCGAGUGUCUUCCAAACAUAGGGACACGUUCGCUCAGCUCCUGGUUUCCCAUGCACCGCUCUGCUGGCAUUCCAAUCUGAACUGUACAGUUAUAUUACUGUUGGUGGCAUGCCAUGUAUCUCUGCAUUCGUAACCGCUGUGUGUUCGAAAUGCUUUUCAGCCGUUCAUUCUGUGUGCGCUGGAGGUUUUUUUUCGUACAAUCCUGGAGGGCUGGAUGGCCUCUGUGUGUGUGUGUGGCCAUGCGUGUGUUUGGGGAACGUGGGCGCAGUGGUUCGUGCUACAAAUGCGGUGGCCCGAGUGUAAUUUCCAUUCCACAGCAAACAUGUGUGGUGUUAUCAGAACUAACUAUGGCUAUCACUCAUUCCCCAUUCAUUCAAUCCAUCAUCAUUCACUGUCAUCAAUUUCGGUCCCACUGAAUUCACGAAUCACAGAUUCGCCCAUUGCUUCCUCUCAUCUAUUUCAUUCACCUCAUCUCCACCGUUACAUUCAUAUGUACCAUUCUUAACUCUCUGUAAAUUUCUUUGCUUAAGGCACUAUAUAAAUUACUUUAGAAUGACUAUAGGUCUCUCCCUAGGUAAAUUCAAAGACUUAAAACGAGUAACUGGUUCAUGUGGACAUAUGAGACACCGGGGAAACAAAGGCGACAUGUCGUGUGUUGUUGGCCACAUCUCUUACCCUCUUGUGCCAUGUAGGUCUCUCCCCCCAUCCCACGUUUUAUAGACAUGUAUUCCACAUUGUGUUUUUGGCAUCACGUCAUGAAACAAAGAAUCCUUUGAGAAACCUCACUGCGUGUGUCAGAUAAGGCCCAUGGAAGAGAUUUUCCAAAGGGCUUCUGAAAGGGCACACUUUCCCACAAAGCUCUGCUAUGAGAUUGUAGCAUGAAAGUAAAACAGAAUUGUAGUUCUAAGAGAUUGAAUUUAGUCAAAUCUGAAGUGCAAAAUAAAGCUAUUGAUCGGCUUUUGUGCAGUCAUUGGUAACUGGGCUGAUGUAAAUUUUCUAGACUUCAAGAACUCGGUUUGAUCAUAUGAGCGACUGCCCAGAUUUGAACGGUUCCAGCUCAGCGCUCUGACCUCUGAGCCGCCGCUGACACCGUGUUAGUCUUAAUAGUUGCUCUUCAAGACUACUUGCUCCCAACAGUCCAUGAAGGCAAUACCGGUGGUCUUUGUAUUGAUAUAGGUGAGUUGCGUGUGUUCUGAGAAGGGUGCGUGGUGUAUUGGUCCGUGUGCUGCGUUACAGUUCUGGCAAGCAAAGUUCAAUUCCUAACCAUGUUCAAAUAGUGGUAAAUGGUGUAUAUGAGCAUCAGUUGGGCUUGCUCUAUGGAGGACUCAAUGUAAAAAGAGUAGUGCCUGGCUUCAUGGUUUUGUCAACAUGUGCAUACUUGGGUCUGAAUUCGGCACCCCACACGACCAGUCUUAAUACGUGUUUACAAAUAUAAUUUGCCUUCGACAAUCUAUGCAGCUAAAUUGAGAAAUCUUGGUGUGUGUGUGUGUGCGUGUUUUUGUCUGGAUAAAGCAUAUAGAAACAUUUUAAAUCGGCAUGCACUCUAUGUUUUCUCACUUGACUUACGUUUGCUUGACCACAACUGUCCAAGUUAUUCUAGGAAUUUUUGGACAGUGCUCCAUGUGCUGGCAUGAGUGUGUGACUUCCUGAGAGCUUAGUGUGCGUGUCUGUGUGUGUGUGUGUGGGUCUGUGUCUAUGCAGUUUGGGAGUGGGGCGUAGGAACUAGCACACUGCACUACGAUCCCGACGGCCUGGGUUUUUGCACUGCGUCAGUUGAACUUGGUAUGUGAAGAACCUGUUCAAUGCCUCUUGCUAGGUCAGCUAAGCCUUAAAUUAACACCUGGUGCAGCGAUUUAAUAGAGACAUCAAUAUUGGAGAGACAGGCUCUUGCCCAUGGUUUGGCCCCACCAAUCAUUCGUGUGUUGUGCCACUCUUGGUAGUUGAUUGACCAACAUUCAUGGUAAGUGUUACCUGGACCUGACCUGGCCCCCCUAGACCAACCCUCAAAGACCAAAUUGGUGAACUUGGGCCCAAAUUCAUCUGACCAAUGCGACACAGGAAAGCCAUCAUUCAGCAGUGGAUUGACAGUAUUUCAACAGCCUCAUUAUCCUCCCACGGUCAUGGUCUCCCAUGCCGUUGUUGCUUCUCUGCUGUCUCUCGGAGUUUCAAAGAGCCAUGGGUCACUACAAACUAAGUGGAAUGAGGACACAUUCAUGAUACCGGGGAUUCUUGGUUAGAUCGCUUGACUCGCAAUUAGAAUGUUGCAAUUUUAAUUUCUUGUUGCGGAUCAACUCGGGCCAUCAUCUCGCCGAGGUCAAAAGAAUUGUACCACCUUGAGGACAGUCAACUAAGGUAAUUUAUCAAUAGUUCUUAACAGCAGGGCUAAAUAUAAGUCGCUCGUGUCUGGAUGUAUCCAUGUCAUGUAUUACAUUUGCAUAACAUUUGUUAUAUUCACUGAGACCCAUUUAUGAAAGUGCAGAGACGAUUAUGCCGAUAAAGAAAACAAAGUAGCAGCUCAAAACAUGGAUAUAACUUCAGUAAUGGCUUCCACACAUACACGUAUGUGUGUUUUCUCUUAAUGGCUCUCACAGAUGCGAGUUUUUCUCUAGAGAAAAAAAAAGACCUGGCAAUGCACUGGGGGUCAAGGCAAGAAGCAUGAGGGAGGAGCAAAACAGAAUGCCGUUCUAAACAGAAGGGGAUGACUUAGUGUGCAGGACCAAUGGUCUGGCCCAUAAGGUCCAAGUCACAAAACAUGCUUUAGGCAGAACACCAAGUAUUUUUUCUUUCCCCUCCUAAUUUUUUUCCCCCAAUAGUGCCUCAUGCCUCAUUUCCACGACAAGUUUAAAAUGCGCCAGAUCUUUCCUGUGCCGAAGCCAUAAACGAUGGGCUUUCACUUUGAAAGUGGGGGCCGUGGCUCUGCGCCUGACCCAUCCAUGCCCCCGGGUACACCCUUUGCCAGUUGUGGCAAGGUUAUAACAAAAGCGUGGGUCGACAGGUAACAGACAUAAAUUCAGUGGCUCCAUGUUUCUGUUAAGAGUAGCUUGACUUACAAUCCCCUAACACAGUAUUGUCAACGCCGAUGCACUUGUAAUCCAACAGCCUUUUAUCUCAUGAAACAUCAAGUAUAUACAUAAGGAAUCAAGAACUACGUGGGACAACGAUUUAACAUGAAACCUCGAUAUGCUUGACGGCAAAUGAACACUCCAGUUUUGCACACCUCACUGCUCUGCUGUGAGUUCACACAGGGCAGUGACGCAACUUUUUUGGAGCUUCAAUACUUGGAGCAUUGUAUCUGCAACAACGACGUAGUUUCUAUCUCGACAGCCAUAUUUGCAGUCGUGGAAUGGAUUUUUGGGCAUCCUAAAGAUGAGCAGGAAACCCGAUGGCCCUCUUCCUCUUUUAAGUCCUUUCGCAUGGCCUGACGGCUCCUGAUGACGCUCUCGGCAGUCACCACCUCCCUUUCAGACUCUCAUUCAUUAGCUUCUGCUCCGCACAGCGCAGCUGUGACGAUGAAGCGCACCACGUCCCAAAUAGUUGAUCGGAAUAAAAUAUCCUCAUGUAGAGACAGUGCGUGUGUGGAGACUGCUGGCGCAGGGACAGUGCGUGGCCUGGCGGUCGCGGGUAGUAAUUACAGGGGCUGAUAUUAAUAGAGGCCGAGUUGUGACAAGGGGGUGAUCACCUGGGAAGUUCGGGGACGGGCCAGAGAGUUCGAGAAUGGGGGCGUGGCUGGGGGCGGAGUGAGGGCCACGCCGGGGGAUAAAAGAGGAAAGGUUCGGGGCUGCCGUUGGAUCGGGGUCGACUGUCUUCGCGUCGUCAUCAAUUUCGUGCCAUCCCUAGCCCAAGUUAUCUGCGUGUCAUCCCUGGAUAAGUUAUCUGCGCGAAGCGCCCUAAAUACGCAAUAAAGCAACCCUCUACAGUU